AGGGUUAUGUAUACAAAUGCUGGGCAGGCCAUUAUUUUGGCUACCAUGGCUAUGCCCCAUCCACAGUGCAUGAGUAGUUACUGAAUGGUUUGAUCAGCAUUAAAACGAUGUAAACCAUAUGCCAUUGUCAUGUCACCAGAUCUCAACCCAAUUGAACGCUUAUGGGAGAUUCUGGAGAGGGGCCUGAGACAGCGUUUUCAAUGAACAAAACACCAAAUGUGUUUAGAGUUCGACACUUGUAGACUCUAUACCAAGGUGCAUUAAAGCUGUUCUGGCUCAUUGUGGCCCAACACCCUAUUUUAAGACACUUUAUGUUGGCGUUCUUGCGAUGCCUUGCAGUGUUACUUGUCAGGUUCUACUGAUGAUCUUACCACCUGGGUGUCCUGGUCUGUGCUGUUUAGAUGUGUACUGGUCUGUGCUGUUUAGAUGUGUACUGUAAGAGUUGAAGUGUUCGCCUGCUGUUUGAAAGUAGGAGUAGUCAACCUGAAAAAGAAUCCACAGGAAAUGGGUUUUAAUUUGAGUUGGGAUGAAAUGGUUGUGCUACACGUACUGAAUCCCAUUCUCUUUUUCUCCUCUCGCUCCAUGACAUGCACACACACACACACUUUUCAUGAUUCUUCUAAGCAGAUUCUCCACUCCAUCCACCUUCAUGAUGGCAAGGCUUUGAGGACAGCCAAUUCCAGCGAGCUGGUUUUCAGAACUUUCUACACAUACCAUCUUCCACAAAUUAGUCAGGGAACAAAUUACCUGCAUUCUGAGUAUGAUCCCACGCACUUUGCCGGCUGCUGUACACAGGUUUCCCUUUUGAAGAGCAGCCGUGUGAUUUCUCCCUCUCUGUUCGCCCCGCGGGCCCCUCUGCCUUCUGCGAGAGGGAUUCUGGAGUUGAAUUUUAAAACUAUGUAUGGCUGCCUGCGCUUAUCAGCGUGUGCACAAACGAACUGCAUGCAAAUCAGGGCAGGAUCACACACCACAGUGGCGGCCUACACUCAAAGGCAGGCUUAAUUGCUAAUUGGGUAUCUAGGUGUGAAACCCACACUGCCAAAACUGAGAAGUAAAAACAUGGAUGUUUUAAGGCUAGCUGUGGUUGUUUUUAAUUAAAUUAUAUUUUAAAAAAUGACUGAUUUUAAAAUGAGUGGAUUGGAUUUCCUGAACGUUAUAGGAAAAAUAACCCAGGAGAGUAUAGUAUGUGUCAAUACUUCAUGUAGUUUGGAUUCUGUUUGGUGAACACCUACAAUGAGGGGUCAGAUGUUGUGGAUUUAAUGGUACCAUCUUAUGGUGUGUAUUAUGAUCUUUUCGCAGUGCUGUUAUGGAAAAUGUUGGAUCGGAAUAUAUUCUCCCUUUCUACUUUUUGAAAGAUAGAAAAUAAUUGCCUGUGGAUCUCUGAUAUGCCAUUAGAUUAGAUCUAGAAGGGCCUUUGAAGUCUGCGUAUUUCUGGUAUGGGCCAAGACCAUACUGCUUUAUAGAGGGAGGAACAUUUUUGGACUGUGUGUGGAUGGUAGGUACCAGUAGGAACUAGGAAGCGCACCUGCAUAACUGUUAAUAAGAAAAGAGAUUAGGCAAAAUAAAGAACAAUAACAGACACAUUGCGAAAAACAAAGUGGAAAUGUGUCCAUAACACUGAUCAACAUUAUCCAGCUAGUUUAUGUAAAAUGGGUGGGUGUCACUUUUUUUAAUUUGCUCAUCAAAUCUACACUACAAUCUUAACAGCCCUCCUGAAUACAGCCCAUUGUUCUGGGAGAAUAAUAAUAAUAAUUUAUUCAACUUUUAUAGCGCUAUUCAUGACGUAAAUACAUUUCAAAGCGUUGUAAAGCAACAACAAAAAAGCCAUUUAAAAAACAGCUAAUCAUCAUGAGUAGAUCGACGGUUAAGAGGCUGAAGGUCGAGAGAGUUCACGGCUUGAUUGAGGUCAGCGGAGGGCGUACGUACGCUUUCAAUACUAUCAGUGUCUGCUUUAUGUGCGUAAACUGCUCUAUGGACAGUGUGCUGUGGAAACUAAAAGGAUCGGGGAAAGGUUAAACGUUCAUCCAGGGUCACCAAUGCCCCGGGGGCGUGUGUGUUUAAUCUAGAACCGAAACACGAGGAUAACCGUUCCAGCAUGUCCAGGCCAAUGAUCACAAGAUCGCCAGCGUCCCCCCUGAGUAACCAGGGCAUCCCGACACCCGCCCAGCUCACCAAGUCCAACGCCCCUGUGCACAUCGACGUGGGCGGACACAUGUACACCAGCAGUCUGGCCACGUUAACCAAGUACCCAGAGUCCAGAAUCGGACGUCUCUUCGAUGGCACAGAGCCCAUAGUGUUGGACAGUCUGAAGCAGCACUACUUCAUUGACAGGGACGGACACAUGUUCCGCUACAUCCUCAACUUCCUCAGAACUUCCAAGCUCCUCAUCCCAGACGACUUCAAAGACUAUAGCCUGCUGUACGAGGAGGCCCGGUACUUCCAGCUGCAGCCCUUGCUGGCCGAGCUGGAGCACUGGCGCCAGGACCGCGACCUGGCCAGGGUGUCACGCCCCUGCGAGUGCCUGGUGGUACGCGUGGCACCCGACCUGGGAGAGAGGAUCACGCUGAGCGGAGAUAAGGCCCUCAUUGAGGACGUGUUCCCGGAGAUCGGAGAUGUCAUGUGCAACUCGGUCAACGCCGGCUGGAACCACGACUCCACACACGUCAUCCGCUUCCCGCUCAAUGGAUACUGUCAUCUCAACUCUGUCCAGGUGUUGGAGCGUCUGCAGCAGCGUGGCUUUGAGAUUGCCGGCUCCUGCGGUGGAGGCGUGGACUCUUCCCAGUUCAGCGAGUACGUCCUGAGGAGGGAACUGAGAAGGGCGGGCCAGCGAGGAGGGCCUAACUCAAACAGGAUAAAACAGGAGCAGCUGGACUAGAGACCUCCCAGAAACUGGGGGGCGCUAGACUCUUUUUCGGUGGCAGCCAAGCGCUCAACGGGACGCAGCAGAGCUCUGUGGACUCUGAGGCCAUUCUUGCGAACAUUAGAAUAAGUUUAAGUUUACACUUUCUCUCUCUGUCUCAUAAUGCACAUCAGCUAAUUAGAAUCAUUGACAAAGUUGCACUUGUUCAAACGCUACGUAUUAGCUUUUCCCAUCAGAUAACCUGACCUAUGCUAACCUAGCCCAGCGGGCAGGGAUUGUUUCUUAUAACACAUUCUGCAUCAGCCUAUCAAAGACCUUAAUAUCCACCAACCAAUGGCACCGAGGGGGCGCAGCGGUCUAAGACACUGCAUCUCAGUACAAGAGGCGUCACUGCAGUAUCUGGUUUGAAUCCAGGCUGCGUCACAUCCGGCCGUGAUUGGGAGUUCCAUAGGGCGGCGCACAUUUGGCCCAGCAUCGUCCGGGGUAGGCCGUCAUCGUAAAGAAAAAAUGUGUUCUUAACUGACUUGUCUAGUUAAAUAAAGGUAAAUACAAAAAUACUUCAAAUAUGUCAACUUGGACACCAGAGGGAUAUUUUUUAAACUCCAAGGUUGACUUUUGUUCCUCUUGGUCUGUCUCAAGUGUGGAGUGGCAAUAUUCCAUGAAGCAUCCUUGACUAGGCUACUAGCUAGGUUAUCUGAUGGGAACAGGUAACGUACAGCGUUUGAUCACGUGCAACUAUGUCAACCAUUUGAAUAUGCUGAUGCGCAUUUUGAGACCGAGGGGUGGGGGGGAAAAGUUUGAACUGAAAUGUAUUCUAAUGUUCGCAAGUAACGGCACCAUGCAGCGCGUUAUCUUUCUGUUUUUGUUUCUUUGCCUGUAUGUUUUUUACGACUUGAGAAGAACCACUGAGAAAGAGAGAGAAUAAGGUGCAACGGGAUACAUUAUUUUUAUUAUUUUUUUGCCAUAAGAGAUGCAGAACAUUUGAUGAGUUUAUAUCUCAAGGACAUUUGUGAAUGUUCAAGCCCCCCCGCCCCCCAAUGAGAGAGAUCAUAUUUUCGCAGGGUCCCCAAGUAAAGUUUGUUUUAAAACUUUGAACCUACGUUUAGAUAUGAUCAAGACCACACAAAACGUUCAUGGUUUGGCUGCACAUGUAGUGCACCAGUGUAGUUUUUCAUUUACCCACCUCCAUAGAAGUCACAUUCUUCUGCCAUACUGUAAAAAGCUCACUGUAAUAUGUUUCAGGAUCUCAGUUCACAUAAACACCAUUAUUCUGAACUGAAUAUGACACAUUCUUCACCGCACUCUUAUCCACAUAGGAUGUUAAGUAUUGUGACACAUGCAAAUUAAGUGGUUUUUAUCGAAGUUAGCUUAUUGGAUUUUAUGCUAUGAAAUAUAGUUCACAGUAUUAUCAAGAUUUUAUGUCAUAGACCAUUCUAUACUCACUACAUGAACAUGAUUAAGUCAAUUCUAAGAAAUGGCCUCUUUGUUAGGGGACUAAGACUAGAGAACGGAUGGGGAUUUAAUUUAGAGGAUCACAAGAUCCCCUUGUGGCGUACUGUAAAUGAGAGUUUGCCGUUUGUAUGUGUUUUGAGUUGGGUUUUUUUAUGUUGAAAUGGACACCUUUUUUUUAAACUGAAUAAUGUUGCCUCAUUAAUGACUGAAUAGGUGAGGCUAUGAUUAUAAGGCCCACCUUUAAGAAUUACUCUUAGGAUAUAUUGAUGAUAUGAAGUUUGAUUAUCAUAAACUAUUUCUAACGCGAUCUACCUACGCUCCCUAGAUUUGAGUAAAGAGGAAUGUAGCACUAAAAUGUGAAAUAAAUCUUCAACAAAAGUUGUA